AACCGGAGGAACAGGAACCGGAUGUGGUAGAUGACGUUGCAACCGCCAGAAGUUACCUCUCUGCGCUGCGAGACUAGGUGAAAAUGGCGGACUGGUGGCCUAACGUGCAGUGGUUUUGCUGUACUUAAUGCAAGGGGAAUCAAACUGUGGAUGUCGUAGUUAGCCGUCGGACACGGAGGGGCCUGUUCACGGUUCAUCUGAAACACUUCCGGUCUCCAGACGAAGCUGCGCACCGAGAACCUCUGCAGACGAAGCUCCGUUCUCUUUCUUCUAGCUUACGGCAGUAAUUGAUUACGAAAGGACCGUACAACGUUACACAAAACUCUCACAUCUUCAAAGAUGCCUAACUGUCUAGUCACAGGGUUCAGGACCAAGCUAAACACAGCCUUGGAGUCCGUCUUGAGCACGGCUGUGUGUGAGAUAAUGUCGAUCUUUGAGAGCAGCUUACAUGACCAUCAAAUGGAGCUGGCGCAUAAAGGCGAGGAGGUGGCUCAUCUCAAAAUAAAGUUACAGACUGCAGAGAUCAAGCUGAAGGAAUAUGAGGUUGGAGCUGACAGAGAAGUGGAGAUAAAUGAAACUGAGACAAAUAUAAGAAAAUUAAAUCAAAGAGAGCCGGAGGCUGUUGGGAACCCCUGUGGACAAACUGCUGAUGCACCUGAGAUUGAUAUUGGAGUGCCUGACGACUGGUGUGCUCCCCUGGGCGAUGAGACCACGACCAAGCGAGAUGAUGUGUGUCCCAGUGUCAGACUACGCCAGGUGUUGAUUCCGCUGUGCCGGAUUCCAGUCAUCAAGCAAGAGGUGGUGAACACUGACCCCCCCCAGCAAGAACAUGGUCUCAGGAGAUCCGUGAGAGGUACCUCGAGUGAAAAGCACACUCAAACAAUAAUAUUACCAGUGUACAACCAAGAAACGCAACCUCAAUCACAGACAAGUGACAAGAAGAAAUUGCCUCAAGGUCUCAAACCGGACAAUCAUGACAAAACGGCCAGUGUGGGUGUGAGAAGAGGACGGAGACAAUUAAAGGAAAAAGGGCAAACAUGCACAGUGACGAGCAGCAGAGAGGAGAGAAAAAACACAACUGAGACCACAGAACAGGAGACGGUGGAAAAUGGUGCGAGGAUCUACACUUGCAAUCUCUGUAGCAAGACAUUUAAUACAGAAUUUGGCCAGCGUGUGCAUGCGCGAUCACACAUGUGCUGCAGAGGAUGCAGAAAAGUGUUCCCUUUUCCAUGUGAUAUGAAGUCUCAUAAAAGACUUUGCAAAAAACUCAAGAAAGUGUUGGCUAACGAAUCACAGCGCAGGAAACGUGAAAAACUCUUGUUGACUUCCAAGAAAGAUGGGUCCAACAAAAUGUACAGCUGUCCAUGCUGCAUGAAGAAGAGUUCUUCAAAAGGCAAGCUCAUGCAACACAUUCACAGUCAUACUAUUGAAAAACCGUUUGCUUGUAGUGUGUGCCAGAAGAAAUUCCAUGUUAAUGAUGUCCUCCAAAAACACAUGACAAAAAAACACCAGGACAAAAUGAAGCCAGCUGAGACAAAUGGAGACCUUGCAUGGACCAUGCCUCUAGAGGACAUCGAAGGGGAUUCAGUUUCUCCAAGCAAAGACUCAAGUAGCACUGUCAGCAGUAAUAAUGUUAAGAAAGGGCCCAGUCAAGGAUGGAAAACAAUGGGUGUACAGACGACUGAGGGUUACGCCUGCUUGAAGUGUAAGAAGUUAAUAUCUAACAAAUGGCUGUUGAUUGAACACUAUCGCAUCCACACAGGAGAGAGGCCCAUCAAAUGUAAGGGGUGUCCUGAAAGGUUCCGUUCCUGUCAACAAUUAUACUUGCACAAAAAAAAGUGCAGCUAUUAUAAGACAACAACCCAGAGCGCAGAGGGACAACCUUAACCCAAAGCUUCACCACCAAAGGAUGCCUCAGAAUCCACAUGAGAUAUUGUAAUUUGUGCUGGAACCAGUUGAUGUUGGGACUUAACUGAAUUCAAUAUUUAUAGGUGGCUUACAUUAAAGGGACAGUUGACCAAAAAAUGUAAAUUCACCUGUCUCCACACAACAAAACACUUUGUCCACCCCUCCUAAGGUAUAGUGGGGAGCAGAUAAUGAAUGAUUUUUUUUUAUUGUUUUCGGUGAACUAUCCCUUAAAGCUGUAAUUUGCUGUAAUUUUGAGGUGCAUCUUAAGUUGAUGUUAAUAUCGACAUAAGUAUCGUGUCACCAAGAUAUAGUUUUGAUGGCAAUUACAAAUGCUUUAUUGAAAAGUUCACCAAUGACAUCAAAACCGGUUUGUAUAUUGUUGGAUGAAACUUGACAGUAAACGUACUUUUAGGUUUUGAUGGAGACACAUUAUUGUUGUGGAUUGAAAGCAUUCAGAGAAUGUUGUAGAGGAAAUGUGUUUUUUUUUUUACAAAUUCAAAGAAUACCUUGUGAAAACCAAUAUUGCCUUAAAGCAGAUCUACACUACAUUAUUGGCUGCAAUGAUUGAGUACAUUUUUAAACCCCCACCUUUUUAGAAGCUGCAUGAAAUAUUGCUCCACCAUGUCUUUUUAUUUACUGUGAGUAAAUAUCAAGUCAUCUGUAUGUCUCUUUUUUUUUUUUUUAUAAGGGUUUUAGCAGAAUUUGAGAAACUACAUCACUGACUGAAUCUUUCACAUCAGAGUGAGAGAUGAUGUCCUUGAUUGUGGACUCUAUGUAACUAGUAAACUUAUCUCUUUCUUGUUACUCAACAGAUUCCAAAAAAUAUUUCACUGUUGUGGAUUCAGACUUUAGUUUGUCUUGAGAAACAACAUGGACACAAUUUCCCAUAAAGAGCCUUUGGUAUUAGAAUUUUUUUUUUUUACUGUGCUGGUAGUAGUAGUAGUUGUUGUUGUUGUUGUCUACCAAACCUAUUGAUCUAUGUUACAUGAAAAGGGUUAUAAUCAUCAUAGUGUUGCUACAUUAAUGUGUUGUCAACAUUACCCCAAUAAAACCCAUAUAUAUAUAUACGCUCACA